AUGCCAGUUGCAUCAUCGGAUGAUGAUUUUCAUCAUCGUCAUCCUCAUCAUCAUGAAGAGGAAUUUAAUGAUGAUACUCUCAACUACAGUACUACAUUUCGUAACGAUGAUGAUGAUGUUGAAAAUAAAUAUCAUCAGACCCAUAUAAAAAUUAAAACGGGUGAAGAUCACUAUUCUGGAAAUGUAGAUCUAAAACAUGAUGGAAUCCCAUCGGUAGAAAGUAGUGAUCAAGUUAAGGCUGAAGUGGACAUUGCUGAAUUUUCUUCUUCUCCUCCAAAACGUUCCUUAUUUAGAAAAAUAUUUAUUUUCAUUGAUUACCCGAUUGCUACUUGGUUCAUCAUGAUACAAGAGUUAUGUGAGAGAUUUGCUUUUUAUGGAUUUAAAACCAUCUUGUCUUUAUAUUUAUCGGAUUUUAUGAAAUAUAACGAAGACACAUCCACGACGAUUGUUCAUGCGUUCAUCUUUUUUGCUUAUUUCACUCCAUUGCUUGGAGGUUUUGUUGCGGAUGCAUUCAUUGGAAAGUUUUGGACGAUUCUAAUUUUCAGUUUGAUAUAUUGUGCUGGUCAGAUUAUUGUGUGUGUGACGGCCAUUGAAGGAGUAACUGGAAUUCCUCCUCAUUGGUGGGGCAUUGCUUUGGGUUUGUCUUUGGUUGGUUUAGGAACAGGUGCCAUCAAGUCAAACGUUUCAACAUUUGGCGGUGAUCAAUUCAGAGAAGAUCAAGAAGAAUUAAUUUCCUCCUUCUUUGCCAUCUUUUAUUUUUCUAUUAAUCUUGGAAGUACAGUGAGCUCAUUUGUGACGCCAAUCAUUCGAACAGAAUUUAAUUAUGCCAUUGCAUUUGGAGUACCGGCAGUGCUGUUGAUUAUUGCAACUUUUGUUUUCGCAAUUGGCAAGUGUUGGUACAAGACGACAAAACCAACUGGACUUGCGAAAAAUCCAAUUCUCAAGUUUCUCCAUGUGUUAUUUGUUGCAUUGUCGUUUUCUUUUAGACAAGUGAGAGGAGGAAGUGAUGAAAACUCUCCAAUUCGAAGAGAAAAAUCUGUUGCUUCAUCAUUAAGUUCAACUCCAAGUAACAAUCAACUGGAAUUCACUUCUGAAAACAAGACUCCAACAUCUCAGCAAGAAGAGGAAGAUGAAAAGCAUUGGAUUGAUCGAGCACGUGUAAGGUUUUCAUAUAAGGAAGUUUAUGAUGCCAAGUGCGUGUGGAGAGUUUGCAUUACACUACUUCCAAUCACGGUUUUUUGGAGUUUGUUUGAUCAACACUCUUCUCGAUUUGUGUACCAGGCAAAAUUGAUGAACAGAAAAAUUGGAAGCUUUGAAUUGGGAAGUGACCAAAUUACUACUUUGAAUCCUGUUUUGGUGAUUGGUUUGGUGAUUGUGUUCGAUCGAUUUGUGUAUAAGGGAAUUAAUUUCUUCUAUUCGUUAACACCUCUUAGAAAAAUUGGACUUGGAAUGAUCAUUACGUCUUUCUCCUUUAUUUGUGCUGCAAUUUUAGAAAUUUUUGUUCGAAUGUAUCCACAUGAAAUUCAUGUUGCAUGGCAAAUUCCUCAAUACGUAUUCCUGAGUGUGGGUGAGAUAUUUGUAUCUGUCACAGGACUUUCUUUUGCUUAUCAAGAAUCACCAAAGGAAAUGAAAUCUCUCAUGCAGGCUUAUUAUUUAUUGACUGUGUCCGUUGGAAAUAUCAUUGUAGUUAUUGUAGCCAGCAUUCCUACUGAACAAACUCCAAUCAAACAGGUGUAUGAGUUCUUGUUCUUUGCGUUGCUAAUGCUUGGAGGGCUAGUUUUUCAUUUAGUGAUGGCUAACAUGUACAAGUAUAGAGCAAAGGCUGAAGCAAAGCCUGAGACCGUUAAGAACGAAAAAGAAGCCAUUUCUGUAGUGACAGUGACCCAGUAUCAAGCAGAGGAAUAG